AUGGUAGUCUAGGCAACGCGCCUUAUCUGAACACUGUGGAACGCCCCACGAAUCGCCUCCAGCCAAUAAGAGACUUCAGGCAUGACAUCAUUGGGAGGCCUAUUUUUAGUGUGGCAGCGGUAGCAGAUAAGGUUGGCCUCCACGCUGGAAGAGUUCAGAGUAUACAGACUUCGCCACAGAGAAGCGACCGAGAGACGAGCGGUGCUGAAAUCAAAAAUAAAAGUUUAGAACCAUAUGCUUUCCGACAGCCGACGAUCCGAAAGCUCAUAACAGGGCCAGGUAUACUGGUUUAUUAUCUCGUCUUCGAGUGGUUGAGUUCGUUUCGAUAACUUUUUUUUUAUUAUUUAUUCCACGGUAAAGUUUGUUACGGGACGCGGAGUGUAAUCAAACAGGACUGAAGUCUGAAGCCGCCUGCUGUUGAUGGAAACUACUUUCUACGACGACUCUCUGAGCGGCGCGUUCUCGCAGCACGACGGCGCCGCGUUCGGAUACAACGCCAAGACGCUGAAGCACAGCAUGACCCUGAACCUUUCGGACCCGAGCAGCACGCUCAAGCCGCACCUGCGCCCCAAAAUAAAUGACAUUCUCACGUCGCCGGACGUCGGCCUCCUCAAGUUGGCCUCUCCCGAGCUCGAGCGCCUUAUUAUUCAGUCCAGCAACGGUCUGAUCACCACGACUCCCACUCCAACCCAGUUCCUGUGUCCUAAAAAUGUCACGGACGAGCAGGAGGGUUUCGCCGAGGGCUUCGUGCGCGCGCUGGCCGAGCUCCACCACCAGCACAUGCCGCCCAGCAGCGUCACUACGACCCCUCAAACUACCAUCAACAACUCCAUGGCGCCCGUGUCGUCGAUUGCGGGCGGAGCCGUGUACAGCUCGACCGUGCGCUCGGAACCACCGGUAUACGCCGACCUGAGCACGUUUAACCCGCCUAUCACCACGGCACCGAGCUUCACCAGCGCCAAUCCGGCCAUGAGCAGCUACACGACCACGUCUAUGCCACCACAGCAGCAGCAGCAGCAGCACACCAUGGCCGUGCAACACCCGCGCCUGCAGGCGCUCAAAGAGGAGCCGCAAACUGUGCCCGAGAUGCCUGGGGAAACGCCGCCGCUCUCGCCCAUCGACAUGGAGAGCCAGGAGCGCAUCAAGGCCGAGCGCAAGCGCAUGCGCAACCGCAUCGCCGCUUCCAAGUGCCGCAAGAGGAAGCUGGAGAGAAUCUCCCGCCUCGAGGACAAGGUCAAGACGCUGAAGUCGCAAAACUCAGAGCUGGCAUCCACCGCCAAUAUGCUGCGCGAACAGGUCGCCCAGCUCAAACAGAAAGUCAUGAACCACGUCAACAGCGGCUGUCAGCUCAUGUUGACGCAGCAGCUGCAGACAUUUUGAAGAGGGCGAGAGCGGACAUAUGGAGUUGUCGCGUAACGGACUGAAAAGGACACGCUAACCAGAGGUGGCAGGCCGGUAAUCUCUACUGGCAAUAGCCCACCAGGACCGGGAACUGUGUGACCGCGCGCCUUUACGCUUUGGCGCGUAAAAGGAUGUCCGGAUUGGAGUUGAAAACUCCGCCGACUGCGUCCGCUGGUGACAAACCGGGCAGCACCGGACAGCAUGAGAGCCUCGCACUGUUACAUGUUGUUUCUUUUUUUCCUAAUGACAAAAAGAGACUCAACCUUGCUCACUUUUGACCAAGUUGUGCAUGGACCUAAGCUUUACAGGAGCACUCAGUAUUAGAAGAGAAAAAGAGAACUGUGAUAGGAAACAUUGUCGCUUGUACUGGCGAGCCAAAAGCAGGAAGUUGCGUCCACUUAAGUCUGAAAAAAACAAAACAUUUUUUUUUUGACAAAAGCUGCCUGACUUCUGAGUUGCAAUGUACUUUUACUGCUCUUAAACUGAAUCAAAUUGAUGUUGAGUUAGUCGAGCUUCAGCAGUUUCUUUUUCUAAAAAGUUUUUUAAUGAGGUUUCACUCAUUAUGUGUAAAUAAAGACAAAGAUGAGUACUUAAGUUUACCAUUUGUAAUAAAAGUACUACAUGAUUUUUUUUUAAUGUUUGUUUUCUGGCCUCAACAGAAACUAAUCAAUAUUUAUGAACUGUAAUAAAAGUAUGUCGAAACGAAAACAA